ACGAUCGUGACGACUUCAUCACUGUAAACAAGCACAAUAUCAAGGUAGACUGGCUAAGUCAAUUCAAUAAAGAAACAACGAAAACAAACGAUAAUUACAACAUGACGUACGACUACGGCAGCAUUAUGCACUACGGCGGAACUAGCUGGUUGUUGACCCUACUGUUAUUUAGUGCAUCGUUCAACAAAAAGCCAACAAUGGUUCCGUUUGACAUCGAUUAUCAGCAGACCCUUGGAUCUCCAUUCAUUUCUUUCAUCGAACUCUCAAUGCUCAAUGAGCACUACGGAUGCAAAGGUUUGAUGGUCAUCAUUAGAAUAUCUCUCUGA